GCGGCGAAAUAGAUCAGAGGAAGUUUAUAGAAAUCGACAUGGCAAGUCCUCGAACGCGGCGAGUUUUAAAGGAAAUAAAGCCGAAAGAUGGCAACAGUAGUUGUUUCGAAUGCGGGGCACACAAUCCUCAAUGGGUAAGCGUGACCUAUGGGAUAUGGAUUUGCCUUGAAUGUUCAGGGAAACACCGAGGUUUAGGAGUUCAUUUAAGCUUUGUAAGAUCAGUAACCAUGGACAAAUGGAAAGACAUUGAGCUGGAGAAAAUGAAGGUUGGUGGAAAUAGCAAAGCAAAAGCCUUCUUUAAGUCUCAACCAGAUUUCCAGGCAGACAUGUCCAUUCAAGAAAAGUACAACAGCAGGGCAGCAGCACUUUACAGAGACAAGAUUGCAGCCUUAGCUGAUGGCAGAUCAUGGUCAGAAGAAACCUCAUCAGCUAAAAACUAUGAACCUCCACUGAGCAGAAAUUCAAGCAGUUCUACAGUCAGUCGGGCAGCCAAUGGUUCAAAUUCAAUGAGUUAUGGCUCAUCUUCACCUGAAUCCAUGCUGGGAAUAUCAAGGAGUGAACUAAAUGCUCAAAAAGAGGAUUUCUUCAAUCGAAGACAGAUGGAAAAUGCCUCACGGCCCAAUGAUCUACCUCCAAGUCAAGGUGGACGAUACACUGGUUUUGGAUCAGCACCAGUAGCAACCUCGAGCAAUUCAGGUUGGGACUCUGCAUUUUCUUCUCUUUCAUCUGGUUGGAGUUCAUUUGCCUCUGGAGCUGCUCAAUUUGCUGCUGUUGCCUCACAACAAGCUGUUAAGCUGGGAUCGACAGUGAAUGAGUCAGUUCUUAAACCAACAGCAUCCAAGGCUGUAGAACUAGGAAGUACCAUGAAUGAAGGGGUGAAGAAAGUAUCAACGAGGGUCCAGGAAGGCAAGCUACUGGAUGAUGUAACAACUUCUAUGUCCAGUUUGUCCAGCAAGAUGCGGGAUGCCAGCUCCAAGGGAUGGACAAAUCUUCAAACUGCCAGUGUGAAAGGUUGGGCAAACAUUCAAACACUUGUCAAUCAAGGUGCUGGUGGUUAUGGAACAAAAUCUCUGACAAGCGAAGGAACCUCCGGAGGAGGAUAUGGUUCUGUUAAUGGCGUGUCAGCAAUGAAUAGUACUACUUCUCUUAAAGAUGAAAACUGGGAUUGGGACAGUUAUGAAGAUGUAAAUGAUGACGAAGCUGAUGAUAAGGAAGGUAGCAAUGGCAAGGCAACAGUGAAAGUUGACAGAGAAGACAAUGGGGAUUCUUGGGCAUGGGGAAGUGAUUCUGAAGUCAUAAAACAGCCAUCCCCAUCCAAGAAUGGCACAUCUCUGAAUACAGGGGAUUCAUCAUCAUCAUCAAGGCGGAAAACAAAAUCAGCACCAAAGACUGAAGUAGUAGCAAAGAAUGAUGGUUGGGGAGAUUUGAUAAGCUGGGACAAUGAUGAAUGGGGCGAGUCUAGCGGCUGGAGCAAUGAGGACUGGCAAAGUAGUCCGGGUGGUGAAGCAAAGAUAACAGGCAGAGAGAGAGGGGGGAAUAAAGAUGACUGAACUUAAACAAUAAUUAUGAUUGAAUAAAUAUUAUUUUGUUAAGACCUGAUGCCCUGGACUGAGCCAAAUUCCUUUCUCCAGUACCAGGUAUAUCAGCAAAUUUUUGAAGUUGUGCCUUGUAAAAGUAGCUGAUUCUUUGUGCUUCAUAUAGGAUUGUAGACAUCUGAGGGGUUAAAAAUAAGAAAUUUCCAUAGUAUUUAAUAUUUUUGGUCUCAGAACAGGUCAGUGUGUGUUUCUCACAAGGGGAACCAAGAGAAAGAACAUCACAGUUCAGAAAAAAUCAGUUUAAGUAUUAAUACUACACUGUGGCAGCAAUACUGUCUCACAACAGGUCACUAAGAUUUGACACAGCUGUAAUAUGACCACAGUCAACAUUAUCACCUGUCACAUUGGGUGAGGUCAGCCAGGAUACCUAUUAGAGGUUAUAGCCCUUAGUAACAGAACUGCACUUUACUGUAGGCCUUGAUUUUAAGAUUUCACAACCACAUUUGAAUCAGUUUGCUGGCAAUUUUGUCAGUCUUUUGACACUUGAUUUAAAUGCAUCAUUCUAUGUUAAUCAGUUGCACAAUUGCUGUUUCUUCUAAACUCAUGCAAUUAUAGUCCUCUUGUUAAAAGAUGGGAGAAUUAGAGUUUGUUAACUAUAGGUCAAUUAAAUGCACAACGAGGAACA